GCAUCUGUUUACUUAACCAGACUGUGGAACAGAGACAAGAUCUUCUUCCUGCCUUGUGGUGAAUUUGAACAACGAAGCAGCUUACAGGAAACCAUUAACCUCUGCAUGAAGGCGGAUGUGUGAUACCUGUGCUUUAAGCCCCAAACAAGUGAAAUGCUCCAUCUUUCUCUCUCCGCCUAAAUGGGAAUUAGAAACAAACAUGAAAAACAGAAUGGAUCUGAGAGCAGAACAACCAGUUAACUCAGGAGUGUCCUCUUGCGCUAUGAUGUGGAUUCAGGUGGCAACUCUCAGCUAUCUCUGUCAUUAGGGUUCAUAAUCCUUUAGGAAGCCAUUCUUCUUAAUAAAAUGCUUUCAGGCCGCCAGCUGCAGGAAGGGCUUAACCACUCCUGGAUCAAGCCAUCAGUGGAUCGUCCUGAUGCUGUGAUGCUGCAGGCCCUCUACAACUACCAGUAUAAAUCUGCUGAUGGGAGGUGGGUGACCAUCACUGAAGGUGAGCUGUUCCAGCUCAUGCGCAAGGCCAAUGAUGAUUGGUGGCAAGUGCGCCGGCUCAAUCAGUCCAAGCAGAAGCACCCUCUCUUUGUGCCUGCCACCUAUGUGGCUGAAGUGCCUUCAACUACAAGGGCAACUACGCAGCAGAACGGCUCAUGGUAUCCCGGCAUCGGUACAGAGCAGGAUGGCCGAACUGCACACUUGGAAAUGGUUUCUUGUUCUCUGGAGGACCUGUAUGCACAGACCUACCCAUCGUCUUUCCACAUGGGACUCAAGACCUUCCACAGCCACUCCCAUCCCAUGAUGGGAGUUCCUCCUGAGUCUCUUGGCAGGAGGCACAGCUUGAAUGAUCUAUGGCAAACAGAGAGGUUGGGUAUAAAGCAGAUCCAAAACCCAGAAGAGGAACUAGUGAUGAAGGGGAGCAAGCACAUGAUGUUGGAUGAUACUCACCUCCCUACCCCUGGUCCCAUUAGGGAUAAGGCCCACCUUUACUGCAACCUGGAGGAGAUGAAGCAACUAGUGGCGAUGCCUCCCAGCCCUCGCAGCCCCCCACUAGAGGUGCUUGAAUGCUGGGAACAACACAUAGAUUCCAGCUCCCUGCGCAGUUACUUCUACAAGCCAGCUACAGGCGAGAAGUCUUGGAAGCCACCACGGAAGAAUCACGAGAGGAGCUUGGUACUGUCCGAGGGACACAGUCUUUCAGCCCCAGGAGAAGAGACUGCCCUGGGUGAGUCCUUGGAUCAAACAGAAGACAGAGGGAAGGCUGGGCAGCAGCUGUAUUCGCCCACUUCACAGGGUCUCUCCAGGGCCAGAGACAAAAAGCUGGGCUACACCAAAUCCAUGGUGCUGCCAGAGACCCGAGUGCCCAAGGGAAGUCAUCGCAGGAACCUUUCCCAACACAGUUGUGAGGCCUGGCUAGGGGAAUACCCAGUGCCUGCACCUGCCAAUGGUUCCCCUUCACACAGCCCUGAUCGCCUUCAUGUGGUGGAGAAAGCUGGGCAGCUGAACAAAACCAAGAUUGCAGAAGGAGGCCGGAAACUCAGAAAGUGCUGGACAUCCUCUUGGCUGGUGUUGGCAGGGAACAGCCUCAUGUUCUACAAGGAUCCCAAAGUAGCAGCUGCAUGGACUCCAUCUGGUAGCCGACCAGAAAGCAGUGUGGAUUUACGUGGUGCUCGUAUUGACUGGGCUAGAGACUUGUCCAGCAAGCGGAAUGUAAUCCAUUUCCGCACCGUGACUGGCAAUGAGUAUCUUUUGCAGUCAGACAGUGAAACUGUCAGCCAAGACUGGUACCAGGCUAUCAAAGGGGUCAUCCGUAGGCUGGAUGAAGAGAACCCUUUGGAUGAGCCACUUCUCUAUCCACUCUCCAGAUCAAACAGUGCUGAUCUUGUAGACCUCAGUGCUGAUGAGGAGGAAGAACCAGGGCUCCCAAAGGCACCUGCUAGUCCUGACAGAGCCUACAAAAAACGGGUCAAGAGCAAGCUGAGACGGUUCAUUGCCAAGCGGCCGCCACUGCGGAGCCUGCAGGAAAAAGGACUGAUUCGAGAUCAGGUCUUUGGCUGCCGGCUAGAAGCCCUGUGCCAACGGGAAGGGGGCACAGUGCCACAUUUUGUCCAAAUGUGUGUGGAAGCUGUGGAAGAGAGAGGUCUGGAUGUAGAUGGUAUCUACAGGGUUAGUGGGAACUUGGCCAUUAUUCAGAAGCUAAGAUUCAUCGUUGAUCGUGAGCGAGCCGUGACCUCAGAUGGACGUUAUGUCUUCCCAGAACAACGUUGCCAAGAGGAAAGGCUGCAGCUGAGUGACCCGCAGUGGGAUGACGUGCACGUGAUCACUGGGGCCCUCAAGCUGUUCUUCCGGGAGUUGCCUGAACCACUGGUGCCAUGCAGCCUCUUUGAUGAAUUUAUAGCUUCUGUCAAGUUGUCUGACUCCAAGGAUAAAGUAGUAAAACUAGUGGGCCUGAUCCAGAGUCUCCCCCAACCGAACCGGGACACACUGCGUUACAUACUGGAACAUCUCCGCAAGGUGAUGGAGCACUCGGAUGCCAACCGGAUGACAACACAGAACAUUGGCAUUGUCUUUGGACCAACGCUGUUGCGACACGAGCGUGACUCUGCCAGUUUGGUGGAAGGCAUGGUGUACCAGAACCAGGUGGUAGAGUUGCUCCUCACUGAAUUUCCUAACAUCUUUGUGAUCCCAGGGACUGAAUGACUUGGCUGACACCUCUCUCAGGUGUUGAUGGUUUUAUCCGAAAGGCACACUGGAUCCCAGCUGAUUUAGCCCUGGAGCUAGCCCUGGCUUUGCAUAGCUCCGCUCGGGCUACAGUUCUGCUGGGCAUAUGGUGCCUUGAGCCUCUGCAGGAUUAUACUCCAGGAUUUUUAGGAUGAAUCAAAUUUAGAAGCUGAUGCGGGCCAGUGAAAGGCUUCUGGCUCUAAAUAAACUUUGCAAUAUGUGGCAUAAUUGAGCUUUCCCGAGCAUGCCUGAUACAAAAUGAAGAAGGGGACAUGAUGGCCAAUGCUUGAGCCUAGGCCCGUGACAUGGCUUAGGUAUGGAUUCCAGCUAACAGAAACCUUUGGAAUUAAGAGUCUUCCUGUUAACCCUGUUCCUUCAGUACCGUCCAUCUGUCCUCAAUUGUUCUGAAUUCUGUCUUUCAUUUCUCUAAGCUGACCAUUAAGUUAUCUCCUUAUCUCCUGACACCUGGGAAUUAGCUAUCUCUUUUGCCCUGUCUUUAUAUAAUUCUGCACUAAUGUACCUGCCAUCAGCAAAUUAGAUAUACUUAGGAUUUUUUAAAAUUGUGUCAGAAGUGACUUGAGAACAUACUGCACAUCACUUCUGGUGUGAGAGAAUUGGCUGUCUUCAGAGAUGCUGCCCAGGGGAUGCCUGGAUCUGUUACCAUCCUGAUGGGAGGCUUCUCUCAUAUCUCCACAAGCUACAGCUGACAGACGGGAGCUCACCCUGUCUUGCAAAUUCGAACCGGCAACCUUCAGGUCAGCAGUCCAGCUGGCACAAGGGUUUACCCUAUUGCGCCGCCACAGCUCCUUAGGAUAACGCUGGACAUGUGGUCCCCAGGGCUCCAUAUCAGCCAAUUUUUCUUUUCUUACUUUCAUUCUAAGAAGCUUCCAGGUUAAAUUCACAUUGAAAACAAGUAAUGCAUCCUCUAUUUGCCCUUAGUCAAAAACUGCUUUUUUAAAAAAAAGCUUUGAAAAAGCCAGAGGGAGUGGACUUCUGUUCAGUUCUUGUUUUGGUGGCCAUGGGUUUAUUGGGCCUGCAGGACAAUGGAACUGGCUUGUGGAUCCACUGAAGUUGCACUUCCCUAAGAAGUGCUUUAGGAAUCACGUCUCUAGGACAGAAGUGACAAAGUGCUUCCACAUCAAACCACUGACUCUCUUUCUAUGGCCCUCAAGCCCUCAUCCCAUUUAUUUUUCAGGCAAAAAGGAAGAUCAGUUGCUAUAAUAAAGAGGCCUAUAGGAGUAACAGGCUUACCUAAAACACCCCACCAUCUGAAACAACAGGAAACUGCAACUAGAUGUUACUUCCAAUUAUAAUUUAUGGCUGAUUUUUGCCCAGGUUGUCCAUCCCUACUUUACAGCAUAUCUAUUCUGAAGGUGCUUCCAGAUGGGACUUUUUUUUUUUUUUGCAAAGUCUCUCUGCCUUCAUCAGAUGGCUGGAUGGCCAUCUGUCGGGGGUGCUUUGAAUGAGAUUUCCUGCUUCUUGGCAGGGGGUUGGACUGGAUGGCCCAUGAGGUCUCUUCCAACUCUACUAUUUUAUGAUUCUAUGAUCAUUGAUGGGAUUUUACCCCAGGGAUCUAGAUGUUAACAUCUUCUACACAUAGUCUUGUUGUGUUUCCCACUUGUUAUUACUCCCCAUCUUUUAAGAUGGAUGGAAUAGCUGAGUAAUGUUUUUCAAGUGUUAACUUUUUAUAGGAACCGUCUGCCUGGAGGCAUCCUGGAAAAAUAAGGCUAGUUUGAUACUGCCAGGGUGACUUCUAGAGGAUUUGGGAACUUUGGCUGGAAUAUUCGAUCAUGGUUUAUGUUUUAUAACAGUACACAUACAUAGCUACCUAGUAGAGAUACUAAGAAAACCUGUGAAUUGCAAAGGUGUGUAGCAGGACAUCGGCAAAAGUGUCCCGAUGUGGAUCACUACUCUCUUGCUGGUGUCUUGCUGUGCUUCAGUCCCAGGGUGUAUUGGUCCCUUUGCCAGCUCCCCUAUGUAGUAACACUGAGGCAGCCCCUUGCUGAAUAUGAACUUUGUGAAAUUGUUCAAUUAUGUUUCUUGCAGACAUAGUCUGCUUCUUCAAAUGAAUUCUGUCCUAUAUUUUUUUUGAAAGUGACUGAAUGUUUCUUGGUGGGAAAUACCUCGUUGUCUUCAGACAGCCACCGUUCUCCCAGUUCCUCAGUUCGGAGCUGGCUUGAUAACUGCUUUCAACAUGGAACAUGUUGUCCGUUGUAGCUCUUUGAAUCCUGUAAGUCAUAAUUUAUGGCACACAAUUCCUGUACACUGUUAUCUUGUUUUUCUCAAUGACUUGUAGUUGGCAAAGGGAAAUACAUAAUAAAGAACUAUUUCCAGAUGA